CUUCGCAGCCGCAUACAUCGCGGCGUCCUCUCUGUGUGUAUCUAACCCCACCCACGAUGGCUUCCACGUCUUCCACGUCUUCAUCGGCUGCAGUGGCCGCCAUGGUUCAGCGCGCGUCGCAGCAAUACCUCGAGUGCCGUCGCAACGUCACGGCCAAGGUGGACGAGGUGAAGCUGCUGGACGAGCAGAUCGCCGCUGUGUUUCAGCAGAUCACGGCUCUUUCCGAGGCCCCUGAAGGCGAGGAGGAGAUCUUCGAGGAGGCUAAGUCUGCUGCUAAGAGUGUGGGCCGCCUGGAAGUUUCGCUGCUUGGAGUAGAGGGCGAGGAACCCGUGCCCAACGCCACCAUCACCGUUUCUCUGGACCCGGAGUACGACGACGACGAAUAUGAGACCAUUGAGGAAGUCGUAGAGAAGAAGGACGUCGUGGUUACUGAUGAGCACGGCCGCGUCGUGGAGGACGGCCAGGUGCCCGAGGAAGAUGGCGAAAGCACGCCGCGCAAGCUCAAGACGACCACCAAAAUCACGCGCACCAUUAUCAAGAAGCGCGUGAAGAAGGAAAAGGAUCCGGUGGUGCGCACAGUGGCUUGGAAUGCUGUUGCUAACUCGGAGGAGGAAGAGGAGUCGACGGCGCUGACGUUCCCCGCCACCUUCGUGUUCGACCCCGUGCAGUCGCGCGAGGCGGUCGUGAUCAUCACAGUCGCUCCGGCUGCGUCGGAAGACGACGAAGAGCCUGAACCAGUGAAGGAAGUGGAGCUCCCCAUCUCAUCGCUGUUCCAGGACAACGUGUUGGACAAGUGGUACACUACCGCCGACGAGGAAGAGGAGGAGGAACCCACGACUAUCACGGAGCUGGUGGAGGAAGCUGUGAAGGAAGCCAUUGAAGAGGAGAUUGCCGCUGAGAAGGCUGAAGAGACCGACGUGACGGAGGAGACUGAAGAGACUGAGAAGAACGAGGAGUCUGAGAAGACUGCGGAGAAGAUGGAAGACGCCGAGGAGGAUGAAAAGACUGAGGAGAACGAAAAGGUCGAGGAGACUGAACAGGCUGAAAAGACUGAGGAGAAUGAGAAGAUUGAAGAGACUGAAAAGGCUGAGGAGGCUGAAAAGACUGAGGAGAACGAGGAGGCUGAAAAGAUGGAGGAGGAUGAGAAGGUCGAUGAGGAUGAGAAGAUCGAGGAAGAUGAGAAGGUCCAGGAGGUUGAGAAGGAGGUGGACGAGGUCGAAGAGCCUAAGCAGACGGGCAGUCGCUUUCACGUGAAGGCUAGCUUUGCGCUCUCUGAAGCCGAGAAGCUUAGCAUUUCGGUGGUAGCUCUGUCCAAGAAGAAGCAGGACGCCGAGUCAGCGCUGCAGAUUCUGGAGCGCGAGGCUGCCAGUUUGCGUACCAAGUACGAGCGUCUGAAUGCCAGUCAGCGUCAGAUGAACGCUUCCAGCAUUUCCAAGCCCAAGUCGAACCUCCUUGGCGGUCGCUUUGGCGCGGGUUCUGUGCCUGUGCAGCGCAAGUCGUGGUACCAGAGCUCCUACGAACGUGUAAACGCCUUCGCCACGAAGCACCAGCAGGUUCUAGUUAGCGUCGCCAUGUUCACUGGCAGCGUGUGCCUUUUCCACUACAACGGCGAGAACCUGCUGGCUUAAGCGGUGCGCGUAAAGAUUGCUACAGUAUUCACUACGCUUGUUGCGCUCUCGUUUUAUUGUUGGGAUACGGUACAAGCUAAUGACGCCAAGCAGAGCUGAGCUGCAGUCGUCUUUCCUAAUAGAUAUCAACGGUAAUUGACCUUGCUCAGUUCAAGUAAAA